GAGGCCGCCGAGGAGACGGCGCGGCGGCGGCGGUAAGCGGCUCCGGCUUCCUGAGAUCUGACAGAAACAUCCUUGGAGCUUGGUGUCUGGACAUAGGAGGCACUCUUCGCCGAACUCUGUGUGAACCUGGUGCUCAUUCAACCCAGUCUGUAGCAGCAGUUAUCUUCAGCUGUUCUGAAGCACAAGACCUUUCAAACCACUGUAGAUAUGGACAAAGAAGAAAGGAAGACUAUCAACCAGGGUCAAGAAGAUGAGAUGGAGAUUUAUGGCUAUAACUUAAGUCGCUGGAAGCUUGCCAUGGUUUCCCUAGGAGUGGUUUGCACUGGCGGCUUUCUCCUCCUCCUCCUCUAUUGGUUGCCUGAGUGGCGGGUGAAGGCCACCUGUAUUAGAGCUGCAAUUAAAGACUGUGAAGUGGUGCUGCUGAGGACUACUGAUGAAUUCAAAAUGUGGUUUUGUGCAAAAAUUCGCUUUCUUUCAUUGGAAACCCACCCAUUUUCAAGUCCAAAAUCUGUGACCAAUAAGAUUUCAAAUGGCCAUGCUGUUCAUUUAUCUGAAAAUCUGACAGAAGACAAUAGGCAUGAAAUGAGUAAAUAUUCACAGACCCAGUCACAACAGAUUCGUUAUUUUACCCAUCACAGUGUAAAAUACUUCUGGAAUGAUGCCCUUCACAAUUUUGAUUUCUUAAAGGGACUGGAUGAAGGUGUUUCUUGUACGUCAAUUUAUGAAAAGCAUAGUGCAGGACUGACAAAGGGGAUGCAUGCCUACAGAAAAUUGCUUUAUGGAGUAAAUGAAAUUACUGUGAAAGUGCCUUCUGUUUUUAAGCUUCUAAUUAAGGAGGUUCUCAACCCAUUUUACAUUUUCCAGUUGUUCAGUGUUAUAUUGUGGAGCACUGACGAGUACUAUUACUAUGCUCUAGCUAUUGUGAUCAUGUCUAUAGUAUCAAUUGUUACCUCCCUAUAUUCCAUUAGAAAGCAAUACAUUAUGUUGCAUGAUAUGGUAGCUGCCCACAGUACUGUGAGGGUUUCAGUUUGCAGAUUAAAUGAAGAAAUAGAAGAAAUCUUUUCUACAGACCUUGUGCCAGGAGAUGUUAUGGUGAUUCCAUUAAAUGGGACAGUCAUGCCUUGUGAUGCAGUACUUAUUAAUGGUACUUGCAUUGUAAACGAAAGCAUGUUAACAGGAGAAAGUGUUCCAGUGACAAAGACUAACUUGCCAAAUCCUUCAGUGGACAUAAAAGGAAUGGGAGAUGAAUUAUAUAGUCCAGAAAUACAUAAACGACACACUUUGUUUUGUGGGACUACUGUUAUUCAGACUCGUUUCUACACUGGAGAACUUGUCAAAGCCAUAGUAGUUAGAACAGGAUUUAGUACUUCCAAAGGACAACUUGUUCGUUCCAUAUUGUAUCCCAAACCAACUGAUUUUAAACUCUACAGAGAUGCCUACUUGUUUCUCCUAUGCCUUGUGGCAGUGGCUGGCAUUGGGUUUAUCUACACUAUUAUCAAUAGCAUUUUACAUAAGGUAGAAGCUGGGUCAAUAAUUAUCGAGUCUCUUGAUAUCAUUACAAUUACUGUGCCACCUGCACUUCCUGCUGCAAUGACUGCUGGUAUUGUGUAUGCCCAAAGAAGACUGAAAAAAAUUGGUAUUUUCUGUAUUAGUCCCCAAAGGAUAAAUAUCUGUGGACAGCUGAAUCUUGUUUGCUUUGACAAGACUGGAACUCUUACUGAAGAUGGUUUAGAUCUUUGGGGGAUUCAACGAGUGGAAAAUACACGUUUUCUUUUGCCAGAAGAAAAUGUUUGCAAUGAGAUGUUGGUAAAAUCUCAGUUUGUUGCUUGUAUGGCUACUUGUCAUUCACUUACAAAAAUCGAAGGAGCGCUUUCUGGUGACCCACUUGAUCUGAAAAUGUUUGAAGCCAUUGGAUGGAUUUUGGAAGAAGCAACUGAAGAAGAAACAGCACUUCAUAAUCGAAUUAUGCCCACUGUAGUUCGUCCUCCAAAACAACUGCUUCCUGAAUCUGUACCUGCAGGAAACCAAGAAAUGGAGCUGUUUGAACUUCCAGCUAUUUAUGAGAUAGGAAUUGUUCGCCAGUUCCCAUUUUCUUCUGCCUUGCAACGUAUGAGCGUGGUUGCAAGGGUGCUAGGGGAUAAGAAAAUGGAUGCCUACAUGAAAGGAGCACCUGAGGUCAUUGCCAGUCUUUGUAAACCUGAAACAGUUCCUGUUGAUUUUGAAAAAGUUUUAGAAGAUUACACUAAACAGGGCUUCCGUGUAAUUGCUCUUGCACACAGAAAAUUGGAGUCAAAACUGACAUGGCAUAAAGUACAGAAUGUUAGCAGAGAUGCCAUUGAAAACAACAUGGAUUUUAUGGGAUUAAUUAUAAUGCAGAACAAAUUAAAGCAAGAAACCCCUGCAGUACUUGAAGAUUUGCAUAAAGCCAACAUUCGCACUGUCAUGGUCACAGGUGACAACAUGUUGACUGCUGUCUCUGUGGCUAGAGACUGUGGAAUGAUACUACCUCAAGAUAAAGUUAUUAUUGCUGAAGCAUUACCUCCAAAGGAUGGGAAAGUUGCCAAGAUAAAUUGGCAUUAUGCAGACACCGUAGCACAGUGCAGUAAUUCAUCAGCAAUUGAUUCGGAGGCUAUUCCUAUUAAAAUGGUCCAUGAUAGCUUAGAGGAUCUUCAGGUAACUCGUUAUCAUUUUGCAAUGAAUGGAAAAUCAUUUUCAGUGAUACUGGAGCAUUUUCAAGACCUUGUUCCUAAGUUGAUGUUGCAUGGCACUGUGUUUGCCCGUAUGGCACCUGAUCAGAAGACACAAUUAGUGGAAGCAUUGCAAAAUGUAGAUUACUUUGUUGGGAUGUGUGGUGAUGGUGCAAAUGAUUGUGGUGCUUUGAAGAGGGCACAUGGAGGCAUUUCCCUGUCAGAGCUUGAAGCUUCAGUAGCAUCUCCCUUUACCUCCAAAACACCUAGUAUUUCCUGUGUGCCAAAUCUUAUCAGGGAAGGCCGUGCUGCUCUAAUGACUUCCUUCUGUGUGUUUAAAUUUAUGGCUUUAUACAGCAUUAUACAGUACUUCAGUGUUACUCUACUGUAUUCGAUCCUAAGCAAUCUUGGAGACUUCCAGUUUCUCUUCAUUGAUUUGGCAAUCAUUUUGGUAGUGGUAUUUACAAUGAGUUUAAAUCCUGCCUGGAAGGAACUUGUGGCUCAAAGACCACCUUCAGGUCUAAUAUCUGGGGCCCUUCUCUUCUCCGUUUUGUCUCAGAUCAUCAUUUGCAUUGGAUUUCAAUCUUUCGGAUUUUUUUGGGUAAAGCAGCAAUCUUGGUAUGAAGUAUGGCAUCCACAUUCAGAUGCUUGUGAUACAACAAGAAGCCUAUAUUGGAAUUCUUCACAUUUAUACAAUGAAACUGAAAUUGAUACACAUAAUAUACAAAAUUAUGAAAAUACUACAGUGUUUUUUAUCUCCAGUUUUCAGUACCUCAUAGUGGCAAUUGCCUUUUCAAAAGGAAAACCCUUCAGGCAGCCUUGCUACAAGAAUUAUUUUUUUGUUGUGUCUGUGAUUAUUUUGUAUGUUUUCACAUUAUUCAUCAUGUUGUAUCCAGUUGCCUCUGUUGACCAGGUUCUUCAGAUAGUAUGUGUACCGUAUCAGUGGCGUAUAACUAUGCUCAUCAUUGUUCUCAUCAAUGCCUUUGUAUCUGUCAUGGUGGAGAACUUCUUCCUUGACGUGGUCCUUUGGAAAGUUGUGUUCAAUCGAGACAAACAAGGAGAAUAUCGCUUCACCACCACACAGCCACCACAGGAGUCAGUGGAUCGAUGGGGAAAAUGCUGCUUGUCCUGGGCCCUGGGCUGUAGAAAGAAGAUACCAAAGGCAAAGUAUAUGUAUCUAGCUCAGGAGCUCUUGGUGGAUCCAGAAUGGCCACCAAAACCUCAAACAACAACAGAAGCUAAAGCUUUAGUUAAGGAGAAUGGAUCAUGUCAAAUCAUCACCAUAACAUAGCAAUGAAUCAGACUCAGUGGUAUGCAAAUAGUUUUGAGGAGAAAGUAUUUUAGGACUUCCUGAUCCUGUGUGUCUGAAUGGUACCAUUUUAAUUUAUGUCCCUUCUGAUAGAGUAAUUAAUUUCAGAGCUUAAAAAAAAAAAAAAAAAGCCCCCCCCCCCCCAAAAAAAAAACCCAAAAAGCAAAGAUACUGGCCCAUCAGUGAAACUGAUUAUCAUUGUAUAAAGUCCCUAUAUCCAUUCAGUAACUCUUAAGUGUUAUCUAUAUUUCCAUAAUUUUCUUGUCUGUUCUUCUCAGUGAUAUUCUCUAUAUUGGGUGCAGAAGAAAAUUGAUAUUUGGUAGGUUUUUAGACAUUGGCCUUUGAGAAUUACUUUUACAAUAUCCUUUAAAUUUAUUUUCACAACUCCCUUAAGUAGAAAAAGUCCUCACUUAUAAACAAGGCUCUAAAUUUGUGAGUGAUAAAUAAAAUGUCUGUUAAUUAGCCUCCAGAGAAAACAAAGCAUAUUUUUUGUUUGAUCCCAUUAUUUCUUCCAAAGAAGUCUAUACCCACAUAGACACCAGUUACCUUUGAUAGCCUAGAGUUAGAAGUGAGUUUUAUGGUGUUGCUUAUAGAACAACUCAGGUAAUUUACAUUUAUGGUUUUAUAUUUUCUGUACAAACUGCCUGGGUUUUACUUUUCUAAUCAGCAAGGUGCUUCACUGCCUUCUUGAGAUGUCCCUCUAAGCUAUUAAAUGAUCUUGUGCAAUGUCUGGUGUCAGUAGUAUAAUUGGCUUUAGUUAAAUGUUAAAGAACCCUUUUCACUAGGAAAUAAGAUCAUUUCUUUUGACAGUAGAUGUCGAUCUAGCUUUCUAUACCCUUCGUGUCUGUUUUUUCUGCAGGUUUUAUUAUUUUAAAAAAGUCAGUUUUUCUACAUUCUUCAUUACCUAAGACAUAGGAUAAUAGUUGCUGUUUUGUUUUUAGUUAGAAUUUUACCUCCUGAGGUUUGACAUAUGUCUUCUGUCAAUAAUGAGGCUUGAAAAAUGAGUGGUUUUGAAUGACUGCUACUUUUUUCAAAGCAAUAUGAACUUAGUGAGAGUUUGUUUUAUGCCAUUAGGUGGUGCCAGAGGUCAGAGCUUACUCAUGAUGGAUUGAGUGCUUACCUUGAUCAAACAUAUUUUUUUGGUUGUGGAUAUUUCUGAGAGGAAAACAUUUUGAAAUAAAGAAUUAAGACAUCCACUGAACCAGAGGAAAUGUGGAAAUUAUUUUUCAUCUUUGUUUUGCCUGGUUAAUGUUUAAAUGCGAAACAAAAUUAAGGUGAUUUUAAAAAUGCCUUCAUAGGUAAGAUCCAGCAGUUUGGCAAAACCCACAGUUAUGAUAAACGCUAAAGUACUAAAACUGUGUGAUAUUAUCCUAUGUUCUUCCUUAAUCAAUAGCAUGCUUGUGCUUUCUACUCCUAGCUGAUCAUUAUUUUCCUGAUAUGUAUUUACCAACUUACAAAAUGUUACCCAAUACUAUAGGACCAAGUGGUUCUCAUUUUUUGAUGCUGCAGAGACCUGAAUGAUGUUUGGUAACUGUAGAAAAAUGUAAGUUACACUCAGGAUCACUGUUCUUGCUAUUGCCACUGAUACUUCUUAACAAAAACAUAAUUGAAGUUUUCCAUCUCAAAGUAUAAUAUGAUAUUAAUACACAUUAGAUGAUACGAACAAUUGUUUCAUGAAUGAUUCUAUGAAGCUAUGCAUCUUAGACCUCUUGAGCUGUGAAUUAGCACUGUUUUCUAUAGUUACUUACUCUCACAAUCAUUUUAUAAUUUCUGUACUCACUGUCAGUAUGAACAAGUGUUAUUCUUCAGUGAUUUCCUAGAAUUGUAAAUUUUAUUCUAUAAGUACUGAAGCUUAUAAUGCAUUGUUAAGUAGCACCUUCAAAUCCUAUUAUCAGGAGUGUUUAACAUCUUUAAGCGCAUGGUCAUAAAGAACUAUAUUUUUGACACCCUUCCCCUUUUUUUUAACAUUUAAAUUUUAUAAGGUUUUUUAUCUCAUCUGUCCAAACUGUUCUCAAAGAAAUGAAAUUUUUGGGUAGGUGAGAAAGCGUUUAUAGGAAAUUAGAUUGAACAAAAACAAGGUGUUGUUCAAGUUGUAAUUGAUGGUUUCCAGAAUGUUAUUUGAAGAAUGUUUUUAAAUCCAGGUAUGGGUCCUACUCGGUGCCAUAGAUAGACUGAGUCCUCUCUGUAGGUCACCAUUACACAGUGAUUUUAAUUCUGAAUUUCACAUAAGUUAUUUGAGUGUAUACAUACCUAAAAUUUAAAAAUCUGUACAUAUAUUAUUUUGAUGUAUUAAGAUUAAUAAAUAUUGCCGAUUUAAAUUUUAUUUAUGCACAUACUUAAAGGACAGAAAUGUCUGGGAAAGUAAUUGUUAAAUAAUGAUAUGUAACUUUUUUAACUUUUUAAAUAAAUAACAAGAUUUUUAAUGUGUGUCUCCCUCAGGGUUGUUUAAAGUUUUUUUUUUUCUUCCCUCAAAUAUAAAUAGCGGUAACUAUAUGUUUUGUAUCUUUUAGCACCAACUGCUGUAAAGCAAUGCUGCAAAUAAUGCUUGAAUAAGAAGUGGCUAAGCCAACAACAAAGUAAUUUUUUAUAUUAGUUUUAUAAUCCUUACAUUCGAAAGCUUUCCAAACUGCACUUGCGUUUAAAUAAAACUGUCGCAGUUUUUUAACUCUUAUUUAUUUUGUUCCCUGUGUUUAUGAAUAUACUACACAGUUUCAGAGGCAUGAAAUAUAUCAUUGUUUAAGUAUUCUUUUCCCAAAAUGGCUAUAGAUACAAUAUCCAGAGAAUAGAAAAAAUUCAAGCUUUAGAAAACAAAUUCUAAGAUUUUUUGCAUGCAAUUUUGACAUAUCUGAAAGUAGGUUUUUGUAUAUUUUUGGUGGGAGGUCGUUGGGGACUUUUAACAGAAUGUGGGAUGUUAAUUUUUGUACAGUAUGUGGGCAUUUACACAUUUUUAAUGUAUUAAAAUUUGGUAAUUAUGUGCACAUGAAAUUAAUAAAAUAGUUACUUCCUGUUAUGAUUUGUGAAUUCCUUAAGACUUUGGAUUUUUUUAAGUAACUUUAUAUCAGAAAUGAUACUGCAUCUUUAUAUUUUUAAAAUUGUAUUGCUGCUCAAGAAUGGUACCCUAAUGUCAAAAAGGCAUACAUUCAUAAUUGUACAUUUAGCACUGUAAAUAACCUUAUGAGAUCUUUUUUGAUUGAAACUAUUCGAAAUAAAAAUUUAAAUGAAUG